AUGACGGAGUUUUCUGGAGGUUCCGCCGAGCCGAAGAAUUCCCGUCUGGCUCCAACACGACUUUGCUUCACCUUCAACUUCAGCUUCCCUAUUCUCCUCCCCCACACCCCCAGGAUGUCGUUCCGGCCGAUGUUGCAACAGCGGGCUGUGGCUCCGAUCGCAGCCACUCUCCUCGCGGGAGGCAUUGCUUUGUACCCCAAGCAGACAGCAUUCGCAGAAGCGCCUCGAGACAACCGCAAACCUAUCUACGAUGACUUCCCAACCGACAUCCCAGAACCCUCCAAACCCGCACAACCUGCCCAGCCCGCUGCUCCUCAGCUGCUCUCCGCACCAGCUGUGCAAGAAGCUCCCUCCUCGCCCACCCCGACAGAUAUCCUGACUGCCCAGGUCCGACAAGCCCGUCUUUUCCUUUACUCCAACUCCCUUGCCGCAGAGACCGGCUUCAACAACUUCCUGUCCCGGGCCCUUAACAUCGAAAACUGCUUCACCAACACCGUGGCAUCGCUCGCGCCUUCGCCCGAGUCUGGCGAGCGCCUGCUCCCCGGCGGUGUCUACGCCGUCGUCGCCGCCAUGGCCGGCUCUAUCGUUUCGCGUAACCGUGGUAUCUUCCUCCGCACUGCGUCGCCAAUCGCUUUCGGCACCGCUGCCGCCUGGACUCUUCUCCCCGUGACGAUGCGCAAUGUCGGAGACCUCGUUUGGGAGUAUGAGAAGAAAGUUCCUGCCGUUGCGGAGCAGCAUAUCGCUAUCCGCGAUCGGGCAGAGCACAUCUGGUAUACUGGCAUUGCGCACAGUGGGAUGGCGCGCCAGAUGAUGGAGGAGAAGAUCGGAGACGCCCGCAAGAAGCUGGAGGAGCUCGUAAGCAAGGGCCACUAAAUUUGGACCCGAUGGGAGCUAGAGAGGAUUUAGUUGUUGCAUAUGUACGCUUAGAACUCGUAGAUCCGAACACAUAACCGGAUUGGUUCCUUUUGUUUCUCAAAUGAUCGGUCAUAUAGUAAUCGGCUAUAUACAGCCCACUUGGAGGGAUACUUGCAAAUGG